AUGCGCGUGGGCGUCGAGGACGAGCGGCCCCUCAUCCCGCCGGAGAGCGACCUGCCCGGGUCACCCGGGGGCAAGCGCCUGGAACUCUACAUUGAGUUGAUGAAGGAGUGCUGGGACGCCAACCCCGACAAUCGGCCGACGUUUGACCAGAUCGCAAUGCGCCUGGGAGUGCAGCAGACUAUCGUGGACGAAGCCGCGCUGCUGACGAUCCAAGAGGCGCCCGCAGAGGGCAACUCCGUAUCCAUCACCGCCCCCGCCAGCCUGCGCAGCAGCCUCAACUGCGCCGGUAGGGACGGCGGCGGCGGCGGCGGUGGCAGCGGCAGCGGCAGCGGCAGCGGCAGCGGCGGCGCGGGGCCCGUUGCAGCGCAGGACAGCCCCUUCUUUUCGGCCUUUGCUGCCACCCCGCCUGCCGUGGUGCUGGCGGCUGCCGUCGACGGGCGCCCCGCCGCGCCUGACGACAGCCCUUUCUUCACCGCGGGGACCCUGGAGGGCGACGCCAGCGCGGGGCCGCUGAGUCCGAAUGCCGGGGCAGGCGGCGCGGCCGGCGGCGGCCCAGGCUCACCCACCGCCGACUUUGACCGCCCUUUUAUCAGCGGCAGCGCCACCGACGCCGCCGAAGCCCCGCCCGACGCCGCCAUGGGCGACCUGCAACCGGGCGGCGGCCCCGGCGCCCCGGCCGCCGCAGCGGACAGCCCGCUGUUUGCGGGGCCGGCGACGGCAGCUGACAGUCCGUUCUUUGGCGCCUUUGGCUCGGCGGGGGGAGCGGGUGGGCUGGAUUCAGAAGACUCGACGGGCCUCUCGUCCGCAGCUGCGUACGCGAUCGCCCCCCCGGGGGGCGCGAGAGGAGGGGAUGCUUUCGGCUUGGCCGUGCCAGCGACACCCGAGGAGAGCCCCUUCGCGGGGAUGUUUGGUGCCGGCGCUAGCGCUCCCCUUCUGGCUGAAGCGCAGAGCUCCUACGGCUCCGCCUCUGGGGCGCUCGGCAACAUGAUGCCCGUGCCGGCGGGCUGCAGCGCCCCCAACCCGCUCGCGCAGCCGUUCGUGAUGCGUCAGCCCUCCGCGCCUCACGCCGGGCCCCCGCCGCCGUGGGGCGUGGCCCCGCCACCGAUGUCGUUCCCGCCGCCGUCGAUGGCUGCGUCUAUGGCGCCGUCAGCCUUGUUGUCGGAGGGCACGGCGGGUGCGCCGCAGGAGCCGUCGGCGGCGCUGGCGGGGCAGUGGGGAGAGGCUGGGGGCGGCAGGGGCGAGGGUGGCGGGCUGUUGACAGACAACAGCACCCUGGGGGGAGCCCUGGACGCAAUCAUCUCUCUUACGCAGGUCAUCCCGGCAGAGGAGCUCACCCUGAUCCAGACCAUCAGGCAGGGCGCGGAGGGGCGCGUGAUUUUGGGGCGCUGGAACCACAUCGAGGUGGCGGCCAAGGCGUGCUCCAAGGACUUGGAGUCCCUGCUGCGGGAGGUCAAGACACUUACCACCCUGAACAUGCACCCCAACAUGGUCCGGUUCUGCGGCGUAUGCCUGCGGCCGCCUCUGGUGGUGACUGAGUACCUCAGGAACGGGUCCCUCUGCGUGCUGCUGCAGAAGGCCCGAAAGCAGCUGGAGUCAAAGAAAUCCAGCCAGAGGCACGUGAAGUGGCUCUCGUGGACGCGGCGCCUGGAGAUGCUGCACCAAGUGGCGGGCGGCAUGACGUGA